ACGUUUCCCUUUCCUUUGAAAGAGUCGCAGGUAGUUAUAUUAUAAACCCCCAUCUUCCCCAUUUUGCCCCUGUUCCAUUAGCCAAAAUGAGAGAGAUUCUGCACAUCCAGGGAGGGCAAUGUGGGAACCAAAUAGGAUCCAAGUUCUGGGAGGUUGUGUGCGACGAGCACGGCAUAGACCCCACCGGCCAGUACACCGGGAACACCGAUAUUCAGUUAGAGAGGGUCAAUGUUUAUUACAACGAAGCCAGCGGCGGCCGUUACGUGCCCCGGGCGGUGCUCAUGGACCUUGAGCCGGGCACCAUGGACAGCAUCCGGGCCGGACCCUAUGGCCAGAUUUUCCGGCCCGAUAACUUUGUCUUCGGGCAGUCGGGGGCCGGCAACAAUUGGGCCAAAGGCCAUUACACCGAAGGCGCUGAGCUCAUUGAUUCGGUGCUCGAUGUUGUUAGGAAAGAAGCUGAGAACUGUGACUGCUUGCAAGGAUUUCAAGUAUGUCACUCACUGGGAGGUGGAACUGGGUCUGGAAUGGGAACUCUGCUCAUAUCAAAGAUCAGAGAAGAAUUCCCGGACAGAAUGAUGCUCACCUUCUCUGUGUUUCCAUCUCCAAAGGUUUCAGACACUGUUGUGGAGCCUUAUAAUGCCACCCUUUCUGUUCACCAACUGGUUGAGAAUGCGGAUGAGUGUAUGGUCCUUGACAAUGAAGCUCUCUAUGAUAUCUGCUUCAGGACACUCAAGCUCACCACCCCAAGCUUUGGGGAUUUGAAUCAUCUGAUUUCGGGAACUAUGAGCGGUGUCACUUGCUGUCUGCGAUUCCCUGGUCAGCUGAACUCAGACCUCCGAAAGCUAGCGGUGAACUUAAUCCCAUUCCCUCGACUACACUUCUUCAUGGUGGGAUUUGCACCUCUGACAUCUCGAGGAUCACAGCAGUACUCUGCUCUAAGCGUCCCUGAACUGACACAACAAAUGUGGGAUGCCAAGAACAUGAUGUGUGCUGCUGAUCCACGCCAUGGCCGUUACCUUACAGCAUCCGCCAUGUUCAGAGGUAAAAUGAGCACCAAAGAAGUCGAUGAACAGAUGAUGAAUGUGCAGAACAAGAACUCCUCCUACUUUGUUGAGUGGAUUCCGAAUAAUGUCAAGUCCAGUGUUUGUGACAUCCCACCAAAAGGUCUUAUCAUGUCAUCGACUUUCAUUGGGAAUUCCACUUCCAUACAAGAGAUGUUCAGGAGAGUAAGUGAACAGUUCACGGCUAUGUUCAGGAGGAAGGCCUUCUUGCACUGGUAUACUGGAGAAGGAAUGGAUGAGAUGGAGUUUACGGAGGCGGAGAGUAACAUGAAUGAUCUUGUUGCAGAAUACCAACAAUACCAAGAUGCCACGGUUGAAGAAGAUGUCGAAUAUGAAGACGACGAAGCGAUUGGGACUGCUCCUGAAAACUGAAGGUGUUGGACUAAUUUGCCGUUUCGUAUGAUACAAGCAAUAAUUAGGUGAUAAAGGUGUUCAUUUUGCGUACUAUUAUUAUCUAUGAGUGCAAUAGUUGGUUUAAGUGUGCAAUGCACUGCGACUCUGGUGAAGUUGAUUUUCCCUUAUAUAUAUACGAAGCCCUGCUUGCUUAUAAUAAAAGUUAACUGCUUUUUUA